GCUGGUGUCAAAUAGCUCGCAAGAGGGUUUAUCGGUGAUUAUGUGACAUCAAAAUUUACACCAGCUGGUUAAAAUCCAUUCCUUUCAGUCUUAUCAUUUUUAUCCUCUCUACCACGGCCUCGUGCUACCCACGAACUCCGCAUAUUGAACAAAAAGGCCCAAACGCCGAGAUUUACGUGACCGGCGUCAUGUCUGCACCUACAAGUUCCGGCCUUCUUGCCGGGGAAGCCCCUCAAAAAUACAGCAUCUUCAGCCCCUCGACGCCUGUGGAGCUGGUUGUCGAAAUUCUGUCACUUUUGGAAAAGCUCGACGAUUUGCGCAACCUGAUCUUGACCUGCAGAUAUGUCCAUGAAGUGUGGAAAGCCCAAUCAAGCAUAAUCAUCUGGUCCGUUGGCCAGCGCGCCAUUGCGGGUUUCAAGGAGGCCCUGGAAGCGGUGCGCGCAACCGAGAUGGUCAAGACAGCCUUGGUUCGGAACCUGAUGCCGCCAACAAUCGACCCCGAAACGCUCUGCGGGGCGCAGAACAGGCCGACGGCGGCCGAGCUGGGGACCGUGGUCCAGUUCCAGCAUCUGGUCAAAUGCCUGGAGGAGAUCUACAGGAAGGGCUCCUACCUGCCAAGGAUGUGGCUCAACCGCAGGCAAGACGGGAGGUCGGGCACGGAGCCUAAGAAUCUCCCCGCAACGGACGACGAGUGGGAGAGGAACUACCGGGGCCCCUUCUCCCGCGCCAUCUACCGCCUGCUCCUCGCCGGCGCCGUCUUGACCCCACCGCACCUUCGUUUGCUCACGGACAGCUCCGCCGGCAUACCCCUCAAGGCUCGAGACGACCUGCCCGAUGGUUUGAAGGGGUACAUUAGCAAACAGUGGCAAGGCGACGAAGCGUAUUCCCACACGGUCCUCACGAGACUGGCACCGUUCCUGCAACAGGUUGACGCCUACAACUUCCCAGCGGGGUUCGAAGAGCAGGAGUCUCUGUAUGGACCGCUCGUUGACUGGAUGGUCCCCAAGCGAAAGGCCAACUCCAUUGACAUGGAGCCGAGCGUAGUGGAAACCAUUCGCAUGGCGGUGGCCUUCCACGUCCUGGAGCUCGCGAUCUGCAACGAGGAUGGAAGCAGGACGAACGAUCGAACCUGGUGCGAUCCCCAGGCGGUGAGUGGCCUGCCCAAGAGGGUCACGGUCUUCAUUCCUGGGGUGCACAAGCUCGAGGAAAUUGCCCUACCGGCGGACCCAAAACAGUGCGGAUUGAGGCUCGUCUCGGUACAAGAGCCAUCUGCCUGGGGCGAAUGCGGUGGGAAACAGGACCUUGAGCAUUCCCGGGAUGCCGUGGGCGACAAUCAGGAUCAGGGCGGCGCACAGCAAGCUGACGGGGCCGUCCUCGACGCCUUCCGGGCACUCGACAUCGCCGAGCUAAAAGACCGCCUUUUCGGCAGGGUCGGGCUGAACAGCUACCCGCUGUUCCAGUCCAGCUCCGGCGACGAGCCGUUCGAACAGGCGCCGCCCCCGCAGGUGCAUUUCCUGGCCUUCGCGCUGCGGCGCCAUUUCCAGAUGCGCAUCUCGGCCGCCUUUUUCGACGCCUUCACCACCGAGUAUCUGGAGUUCAUGACCGAGGGUUGCUUCUUCUCCGAAAACUGGACCUGGCCAGAAAUGGAGACGGAGGAAGACGAAGAUGUGGCGUGCCGCCCCGAGCCCGACCUUUAUGCCAUUGUUGCCAGCAUCUUUCCGAUGAUUGCUGCCGAGGACGCGGAUUUGCGACCCUGCGAGCUCAGCCCUAUCCACUACGAGGGAUGUCCGAAAAGGUGUUCUCGAUCUCGAUGGUCGGGUUGGUAGAGGGCAUUACCGCGAGAGGAUGUUUACAUAAGAGGUCAAGAAAAGCAAACUUGUGUAGGAGGAAUGGAAGAAAGCCGUCCAAGUGUUUUUAUAAUUAUCGCAGGGAACCCCGCCUGCCUCACUGUAUGUACUUGGGUGUGUUUUCCCCCUAAACUACAACCAUCAGUUGCAUGCACAAGAGUACUUGGGCGGAUGCUUUCAAUUCGCGCAAAUAUCUGAGCGAAGCAUCACCUCGAAAUACUCCCUUGCAGACAGAAUGCGAGGGCGGUCAGGCGGACAGGCACGGAGCGAUUUGGCUCCUACCGCUCUGUCCAGGGUCACCCGG